UUGACUGUUCGUGAGAUGGAACUGAAGCUGCAGCUCAGUGUCUUCGUGUUACUCCUACAGGUUUCACUUGCCGUGUGGCAGCGUGUGACUGUGAGAACAGGUCAGACACUCAGCUUAAGCUGUCCAGUCACUGACGCUCACAUUACCCAAGUCGACUGGAAGAAUCCUGAAGGAUAUAUUAUUUUCUUCAACAACUAUAAAGCUUUAAAGGACAAGCGCUACAGCAUCACCAAACUGUCUCUGUCAGAAUUUACCAUCAGUAUUUCCGGCAUCACCUUCAAAGAUGGAGGCAUCUACACGUGCUCUCAGUAUGGCGCUCACACAACAGAGAAGAAAGUGGAGGUGACAGUGUUAGGGCAUCCCAAAAUGGAAGUAGCAACGAAUGAAGGAACGUUUGUCAUAAAAUGCACUGCUGAGGGAAACCACUAUCCUCCCCAGAUCUCCUGGAAGUUGAAUAAUGGGCCUGAAAUUAUUGCUCAUGGCCAAGAAGAAGUUAGAACAUAUGAUGACAAUAAAUAUGUCACAAUGGAAAUGCUACAUGUUCGCCCAGUGGAGAAGAGGAUCACUGUCAAAUGCCUUGUUCGCCAUCCAGCUUUGCACUCACGACCUUUGAUGAACUUUGUCAAAAUUGGACCAGACUCAACAAAGCCCCGGGGCACAACGACGACCAGUUCCCCAACAACCCAGCCUAGAGGGUCAACGGUGGUGCCAGGAACAACAACCGUCUUCAGACACAGGAGAACAACAGUGUACCUUCCAACCAGAGACGUUAAGGGGCCUUCAUCAGAGAGCUCAAUAACGUUAUCAGCUGCUCCCUCCAAUCAGCUGUUUUCUUCCUUCGAGCCAAAGAUAGUCACAGCACCCAGUGGACGUCCUCUGGUCCCUGUAAAAUCCACUGGCUCACAUCUCAGCACCGGAGAUGACUCAACAACAUCUGUAGUAUUCGGCUCGACCAGGAGGAGGAAUGACACCAUAAGUAAUGCAACCAGCACAACAGACUGGACGUCUGUCUCUGAGGCAACAGAAGACAUCACAUCCAAUAACAGUACAAAGGGAAACCGAACAGGGAGUUUUAAUGACACAAAUAUACGGACAGGAACCGGAGGAAGUUCAUCAUUACUGGUCUUCCUGGUCACAUGCCUGAUAUUCGGUCUACUGGUGGUUGUCAUUUUCUUUGCCAUCAAGCUGAGAAGAGCGCACAUUGCCUGGAAGAGAGAUAAUGAGGACACUGUUCCAUCAGAGGAGAGCAGUAAAUCAAAAUCAAGCCUCGAAGACAAGAAUGCCCAAGGACAGAGACGAAGAGGGCUCUUCAACAUGGCAUUCACACAGUACGUCGUUGAAAAACCAGCGGUGAUAAGCUCAGUGAUAAACACAAAUGCGAUGGCAGCAGCAGAGAUAAAUAAUGAGCAGACAUAAAGGAGACGGAGCUAUAAUAAUCUGUAAAAUACAGUACAAAAUCAGUAAUAUCAAGAGCCCUAUAAGAAUGCUCACAUAUUCAACUGAUUAGCUUUUUACUGUACGAAAGAGUGUAUUUUUACACAGAAAAUGAUGUGGGGAACUUGCUUUUAACUGUGUAAAUAUUGUAUACAUUUUGUCUUCACAUGUACCAAUAAAGUAUGUUUUGCUACAA